UCAGAAUGAGAUAACACAAACUAAGGAGGAAGCAUGGCGAAGAUUGUGGCAGUGGCAGAAGAAGGAAGCUUCUUCUUCUUCUCCCCAUUAGCUUCCACUCUUUCUGAAUUUUCUGGAACUAAGCUUCACUACUCUCAUAUUCACUUCAAGAGAAAACAAUGGCAGAUGAAAGCAGCCUCUAUCACUCAACAAUUGCCCUGUGAUUACUCUUCCAAGACUAAGGCUUUUGCAGUUUCAAGGAGGAAAGCCUUGUCCUUGCUCCUAUCAACUUACAUUGUCUUUGAAGCUGGCUCUGAUGCAUUGGCUCAGCAGUCGCUUCCGUUGCGCGAAUACAUAGACGCAUUUGAUGGCUACUCAUUCAGAUAUCCCAGUAACUGGAUCCAAGUGCGAGGUGCUGGUGCUGACAUAUUCUUCAGAGACCCUUACAUUCUCGACGAAAAUGUAUCUGUGGAGAUUUCAUCCCCUUCAUCUUCCAGAUACAAGAGUGUCCAGGACUUGGGUACACCCGAAGAUGCCGGAAAGAAGGUCCUCAAGCAGUAUCUCACUGAGUUCAUGUCUACAAGGCUUGGUGUUCGACGCGAAUCCAACAUCCUUUCUACAACUUCAAGAGUUGCUGAUGAUGGCAAGUUGUACUACCAAGUUGAGGUAAACAUAAAGUCAUAUGCAAAUAACAAUGAGCUUGCUGUUAUGCCACAAGAGCGCGUGGUGCGAAUGGAGUGGGAUCGGAGGUAUCUUUCGGCUCUAGGGGUUGAAAACAACCAACUCUAUGAGCUGAGAUUGCAGGUGCCGGAGAAUGUCUUUGCAGAGGAACAAAAUGAUCUUCGCCAAGUCAUGGAUUCUUUUCGAGUCAACAAGAUUGGUACUUAAUCUGGCAUAAUCAUAAACCGUUCUUCUUGAUUCUAACUAAUGAGCUUGUAACUACUGGAAUUAACCCAAUUAGAAGAUUGAGGUGUUAAGAUAAACAUUAACAGUUCAAUUCUUCAUUAUCUUCAAUGUAUCAGAUUUUGACAGUGUGUUUGUCAUUGUUCUCA